GGUAAUUUCCGCACACUUUGCAAAUGGCCACCCUCCUGUACGUCAGUUAGAUCAAGAACCAUGUGGUCUUUACUCAGCCAAUCAGAAGAGAUCACCCUACAUCACAGAUCACAUGACUGUGGCGUUCGACCAAUCAGCAGAGACCUGGAGUCCAUCUAACUUUCUCUUUCCACUGAUGGCGCUAAAAGACGCUAAAGAGACCGAGCUGCCCGUAAAUUUCUGUACUAAACUUCGAAACUAGCCAUGGCAAUGUCUGCCCGCAUGUUUUAUGCCAAGAAGCAGAAUACUGUCGUGCCCACCCACCCUGCCAUCAGUGAUGAUGAUGAGGAGGAUGAUGAUGAUGUGGCAGACCCUGAUUUUGUCCCACCCACCCACAACCAGGACAUUCCAUGUAGUGAUACUGACCCCUCUGCCAGGAGGAAAUGGAUCCAGCCUGUGGUGGAAGUGCUCCAAGAAAAUGACAGUGAGUACAGUGAGGAUGACAACGAUGAUGAUGAUGACGAUGAUGAUGAUAAUGUGCAGCCAGCAGUACAAGCCCAGAGGCCAAGGCCUGGCAAGUCGGCACCCAGGCCAACCACUUGGCAUAAAGUUGACCUGAACAACACAGCCCUUCCUGAAUACCAGCACGCUGCCCCAGACUACAUUGACAUGCCUUUUCAGUACUUUAUUAGGUACUUUGAUGCCCAAAUAAUCAGUCACAUAACAUAUCAGACAAACUUGUAUGCUGCUCAAAAGGACAUCAACACCACUUUCUCCACCAAUGAGAAUGAAAUAAUGACCUUUCUGGCCAUCCUCAUCUAUAUGGGUGUUGUUCAGCUCCCCUCUGUUGAAGAUUACUGGGCCAUGGAAACCAGGGUCCCUCAAGUUGCCGACCUGAUGUCAUCAAAGAGGUUCAGGCUGCUGAAAAGGGUUAUCCACUUCAAUGACAACACUCAGAUCCCUGGCACCAGCGACCGUUUCUUCAAAGUCCGGCCCCUGUUCAGCUAUCUCAAUAAUGCCUUCAGGCGUGAGCCACAGACCCCCAAACAGUCUGUAGAUGAGGUUAUGGUUGCCUACAAAGGGAAGACAGCUGGCAACCUAAGGCAAUAUAUCAAAAGCAAGCCAGACAAGUGGGGUUUUAAGUUGUUCGCGAGGGCUUCUGAGGACGGCUUCAUCCAUGACAUGGUGCUCUACCAGGGCAAAACUACCCUGGAGGCCCAUGAUGUACCCCAGACGCCUGAACAAAAAGUGCUGGGUGCCACCAGUCAGAUUGUUGCUGUCCUGGCAAGUACCAUGUCCUCCCCCACCACCACAGCCAUCUUUGCUGACAACUUUUUUACCAGCAUGGAGCUAGUGCGGUACCUCAGAGAUCAGAAUUGCAGGUACACAGGGACAGCAAGGGACAAUAGAAUAAAAAAUCCUCCACUCAAGUCCAUCAAGGAGAUGGAGAAGAAGGCUGUACCCCGUGGCACUUAUGACUAUGCUACCAGUGAUGAUGGGAUACUGGCCGUCAGAUGGAAGGACAACAGAACGGUCACUCUGCUGUCAACAGACAUGGGGGUGGAGCCGAUGUCCUCAGUCAUUAGGUACUGCAGUGAGACCAAGAUGAAGGAGCCUGUGAGCUGUCCAGCCGUCAUCAAGAGCUAUAACGCCAACAUGGGGGGCAUUGAUAAAAGUGACAUGUUGGUACACCUCUACCGCACCCCCAUGAAGUCCAAGAGGUGGUACUUGCGUCUGUUCGCAUAUGCCGUGGAUGUCAGUAUCACAAAUGCCUGGGUUGUGUACAGACGGGAUAGUAUGGCCCUUGGAGUGAAAGACCAGUCUCUGAAAGAUUUCAGAAUCCAGGUGUUCAGGGGUGCCAGCGGCCAGACAUCUGCCAAAUCAAGCUCCAGAAGAAGCUCAUCCUCAUCUGUUGAAAGCCUGAGCAUGUAUGUCGCUGUACCUGAGCCUGUGCGGGGACACCGCAGCCACACACCAAAUGAGGCUGUGCGCUUUGACCUGUCCCUCUUCCAUGCCCCUGUACAUGACAAACGCCAGACCUGCAAGUACUGCAGCCGGAAAGGCAACAUUGUGAGGUCAAAUGUGGUAUGCAGGGUCUGCAAGGUCCACCUUUGCAUGAACAGUGAGCGCAACUGCUUCAUUAGAUACCAUGAAUAAGAAACAUGAAUGUUGAAAGUUGUACUGUGUAUGUUAUAUAGUUUCUAAAGUUAUGAUGAAUGUUAUACUGUUAUACAGUACAUAAAGAUUUACUGUGCAUGUGAUACUGUAUGUUAUACAGUAUAUAAAGUUGUACUGUGUGUUAUACUGUUAUACAGUACAUAAAGAUGUACUGUGUAUGUGAUACUGUAUGUUAUACAGUAUAUAAAGUUGUACUGUGUGUUAUACUGUUAUACAGUACAUAAAGUUGUAUUCCUGUAUGUUCCUUUCACCUUAGAGGUGUUUUUGUUGUAUAUGUAACAUAUACACUUAAUGGAUUUUUUUUUUUACUACUGAAGGGCAAGGAACCAAAUAUGGUAACUUCGUUUACUUUGUUUUUCUGCAAGACAAUGGAAUUUUUUGAAAAUGUUGAAAACAGAAAUAAACUCUGGUUAUGGCACAGACACAUAGUCUAUAGUUGAUUUUUUGAAUUUCAUAGUAUUUC